GUAUCUCCGUGCAGUAGGCGCGUAUGCAACCAGCUCACCGCCAGCAACGGCUGGAGGUGCCGUCCCGACCAUGAGCGCUCACCUGGCCAUGCCGUCCUACGGCUCUGUUAGGUGCGGACACUACUACUGGCCCUCUCCGGGCAGCAUGGAUAGCGCGUCUGCCGCGGAAGCUCCAGCAGCAGACCUCUCCUUGACCACAGAGCAGAAAACGCCCUGCCACCCAGAUGCCUCUCCAGCUUCUUCCAGCUCUGGGACACUCAUUCAGUAUACCCCAGACUCUGCCACUAGCCCUACUGCAGACCACCCAUCUCACCGCCCCACUUUUCAGAAGGUUAAGGAUAAAGGUGAGAGUGGGACAAGGAAGGCCAAGAGCCGCACAGCUUUCUCCCAGGAGCAGCUGCAGACCCUGCACCAGCGGUUUCAGAGCCAGAAGUACCUCAGCCCCCAUCAGAUCCGGGAGCUGGCUGCUGCUCUGGGGCUCACCUACAAGCAGGUGAAGACGUGGUUUCAGAACCAACGAAUGAAGUUUAAACGUUGCCAGAAAGAGAGUCAGUGGGUGGAUAAAGGGAUUUAUCUACCACAGAAUGGGUUUCAUCAAGCUGCGUAUCUGGAUAUGACCCCUACAUUUCACCAGGGCUUCCCUGUUGUUGCCAACAGAAACCUUCAGGCUGUGACCAGUGCACACCAGGCUUACAGCAGUGGCCAGACUUAUGGGAAUGGGCAGGGCCUGUAUCCGUUCAUGGCUGUGGAGGAUGAGGGCUUCUUUGGAAAAGGUGGAACAAGCUGCAACACCCAGCAGGCCAUGGGUUUAUUAAGUCAACAGAUGAACUUCUAUCAUGGCUACUCUACCAAUGUGGAUUAUGACAGCUUGCAGGCAGAAGAUACCUACAGCUUCCAGAGCACCUCUGAUAGUAUCACACAGUUCUCGAGCUCUCCUGUACGGCAUCAGUACCAGGCCCCUUGGCAUACCCUGGGGACCCAGAAUGGUUAUGAGACUUAGACCUAAGUAUUGUUCUUUCCCUUCCUCCUGUUUUGUCUCAUGGGGUUUCUAGGGUCUUGACUCAUAGAUCCAAUUUCUAUUCCUUUCUUUUGCCCCUCCUUCUCAAUUCCUGCUUUAACUGUUGGUGGGGUCUAGCACCCUGCUAUUUCAGGUUUCUUUUCUCUUUAAAGGCAUCUCUGUGCAUAGCUAACCCUUUGCAAGGGUGUUCUGUGUGUAGACAGGUGAAAUUGCAUUUAUGGAGGGGAAUGUGCAAUGCCACAGUCAGGAGCAGCAGAGAUGGCGAAGAUCCAUGUUUACUGUCCAAGACCCACUCCGCUGCCUCUUUUGCGGAUGAUUCUCUGAUCUUCACCAUGUGUCUUGCAGCCAAAACUUAGAGAAAACUUUUAAUUUCUGCAAGAAAUACCCUAUUUGUAGCCCAGAGUCUUUCCUGCUGUCUUGCCUUUUUCUGCUGUGACCUCAGUCAUCUAGUAAAUUCAUCUGGGUCCUUUAAAUCUCUGAACUGAAAGCCUAAAUAUCAUCUUAUCUUGGAUGGUUUGAUCCAGUUACUCUGUCUUUCCACCUGGAGAGGUCAGUACCUGCCUACCCUUUGUCUCCUGCCUUCCUGUGUUCGUAAGGCUGUUUAAAGAACAGGAGGAGAAAAGAGAAGUUGGAGAGAAUGUUGUCUGUACCUGAUGUGGAAAUGUUUAAAACGAUUUCCAAAGCUGAUGGAUGCUUUGUGUCUGUCAAAUAACUGACGAUCAAUCUCUGGAACUAUUUGUAACAAUUUAAAUCUUGUCUUCCUUAAUCUCUCUGCUGAGAAAAUGAUAGCUUGUCCCAAUCUGAAUAUUGCAGCAGAUGGUACACCAAAAUGCCAUUGCUGGAAAUGUGAGUAGUGGCUAUAUUUAGCCAUCUUCUGAGUGUUGAGAAAUAGUUUGCUUAUCUGUAUAUCAGGAUUCACUAGCAAUUUGUGAACACAGUGUCAAUACAUGGGCAGCUUUCUCAGAGGUAGAGAGUACGCAAAGGUAAAGGGCUUGGUUACAUUAAAGAUUGUUUCAUGGUUAGUUAUUCUGAAACCUGAAUGUCAGGGAGGAAAACCCUGUUGGAUAGUAGUGGAGUUGGCAUCCAAGGGGCUAGAGCAGGAUGUUUCCCUAAUCUCUUGUCUAAUCUCAGUUUUAAGAUAGCAAGCUAAUGUUUUUAUCCCAUCUCCAGUGCUUAGUUGGAUCUUUUCCAUAUUCUCCUGCUGAAAGGUAUACCAGCUACCUCUUGGGGUAGCCAUUCUGGAGGAGAUGGCAAGUUCAGAGAAACCUAGAUAGACAAUCAGAGGAUGAAAAUGGCAAUUAAUGUUUUGAUUUUCUUUUUCAAAAGAACUGAAUCAUCCCUUUCAGGAUGGAGAUUACUAGAAGUCAGCAACUGCCUGUGCAAAACUGGAUCUUUAAGUAGUGAGAUUGGAGAGUCCAGUCUGCCACUGCCCAAGAAUACACAAUGUCUUGAGCUGGCAAGAGCAAAUAAAUGAUAAAAGCAUAAAUAAUUUUUUUCACUAAUGCGCAGUUUGUGCUGUAAUUCUGUAUUUUAAUGUAUGUGCAAGGAUUAUGUGUCACAGUUGAGCUUUCACUACAAAGAUGGAUGCUUGCUGCUGUUCUCGCAGUGAUCAUGGCCAUGUUUUAUGGCAUACAUGUGUUGUCUACUGCUUUACUUCUGCUUGAUGUUUAUAUAGACUCGCUUGAAUUGAAAAUAAAUGACUUUAUUUUAAUGCUGAAA